AUGUCUUCGACCAUGAAAGCCGUCAAGGGGGGUGCCGGUGGAGUUGACACACUCUUCAUCAAUGACCAGACCCCUGUUCCCAAGGCCAAGGACGGCGAAGCGCUGAUCAAGAUCAAGGCUUUCGGCCUGAACCGAAUGGAUCUGAUCCAGCGUGAAGGAAAAUAUCCGCUGCCGCCGCAGGCCCCGACCACCCUCGGAGUCGAAUUCUCUGGAACCAUCUGCUCCUUCGGCCCCGGCUCUCACGGUGAUUUCAAGGAGGGCGAUGAGGUCUUUGGCCUGGCCUAUGGUGGCGCCUAUGCCGAAUAUAUUGCCGUCAGCUCCAAGAUGCUCUUGCACAAGCCGUCGUUCCUCUCGUGGGAGCAGGCCGCGGGGGUUCCCGAGACGUGGAUCACGGCCACGCAGGCCCUCUACCUGGUAGGCCAGUUCACCAAGGGCAAGUCGGUGCUCUGGCACGCCGGCGCCAGCGGCGUCUCCAUUUCCGGCAUCCAGCUCAGCAAGGACAGCGGCGCCUCGGCCGUCUUUGCCACUGCGGGGUCUGAUGAAAAGUGCGCCUUUAUCGAGCGGGAACUCGGCGCCACAAAGGCCUUCAACUACAAGUCGACGCCCAACUGGGACGAGGAGAUCCUCAAGGCCACUGGCGGCAAGGGUGUCGACAUCAUCAUUGACUUUAUUGGCGCCUCGUACUUUGAGCGUAACCUCAACGUGGCCGCCCGCGACGCGCACUGGGUUAUGCUGGGCAUGAUGGGCGGCACCAAGCUCCAGGACGUUGAUGUCGGCAAGCUUCUCUUCAAGCGCGUUCGCAUCGAGGGCAGUACGCUGAGGUCGAGGGAUCCCGAGUACCAGGGCAAGCUGAGGGACAAGCUGGCCGAAUACAUUCCAGACUUUGAAUCAGGAAAGCUCAAGGUCCUCGUCGACACUGUACUGCCAAUGGAGAAGAUUCAGGACGCGCACCGCUUAUUGGAAGCCAACAAGACGACGGGUAAGAUUAUUUGCACCAUUGGUCAAUCGUAG